CCCAUCUUCACAUCCGUCUUGUGAAGGAAACCCCGGAGGAAACCCAACUUCAAAGGGUUCUCUUUUUUCUCUUCCCCACUCGGAAUUUACAUUGGUACUCUUGUCUUCUCAGGAUUCACUUCCCAGAGAUCCAGAGCCUGCCCUUGAUCCAUCUCCACUCCGCUAUACCUAACUCACUUGAUUGAGCGUUGGGCGAGCGAACACCCUAUCCGUCGCGGUACUGUAGUGGCAAGACCUACGAGAUUGGUCAACCAGGCAGGCAGGCCAACCAAAGUUACCUCAGCAACCCAAACCCUGAGGCAACGCAACCUCCCACCUCACCCACCAGAGAGUGCGAGUGCGGACGCAGCAACACAACGAGGGUUUUCGCCGGCCGCUUCGUUUUUUUUGCGACGAACCCACUUGGCCAGGUCCAACCCACCCACCAAGAGGAAAUCCUCCACCCACCCACCACCGCCUUCACUCUCUCAACCAGAGACUCCAUUCCAGUCUUUUUCGACUUUUACCGUCAGUGCAACGCGCAUCGGUAUCGGUCUCUCUCGGUUUUCACAACCGCCUAAUCCAAUCCGCCAAAAACCCACCCGCGGUUUUCCACCAGGCACUCUCUCUCUUUCGGCCGCCGCUCUUUUUGCGCGUCGAAAUUGAUCCCAGUCUUUGUGACUUUUGCCCCCACUGCGCGGCGACCUUCUGUCGAGUUUGAUAUUCGACAUUCCCACCCCGGGAUCACCACCACAUCCUCGACCCUUUCCCCUCCUCACCCGCGCACCCAACCAUCCACAAAGAAACCGGCUUUCGAGUCACCCGAGACCCUUAUGACUUCCUCUGCGAGUCAACAGAACCAAAACCCGGCUCAACCUACGUCCGCUCCUGCAGCAACGUCGUAUGCUUCCGCAGCCGGUGCGAAGAAGCCGACAAGCACGCCGCUGAUUGCGACGGGUUCUCAGCCCCCCGUCGUGGUUGGUUCCUCUGCCCAGAAUGGCAAGCCUCAAGCUGCCCCGGUGAACGGCCGGCCCAACAUCACCCCCGCCGUGCCCAUCGCCAGAGGCAGCUCGGGCCUUAACGGAGCCUCUGCUGACCACUCUAGGAAGAGCUCUGUCACCAUCAGCGCCGCUCCUCCCAGCCACAACGCCAACGGCGGUCCUGUCGGUGGCGCCAAGGCCAUUCAGUUCGGCUUCGACGAGUCGCCUGCCAUCACCCACAGCACUCCCCACGCUGCUGGCUCCGUUCCCAUCCCGAUUCCUGGCAGCAACGCCAGAGUUCCCUCUCCCGCCGCCUCGCCCUCGCCUAUUCCUCAGGUGCCUCAGCAGAGCGGUGGCCAGCGGGCUCCCUCCAACAUCUCUGCUCCUAUGACGUUCGGCAGUUUCCCUGGUGACAACGAUCGCCACAUGAAGCAACACUCCAUAUCUCACAGCAACGGACCGGUCCACACACGACGGGACUCGCAGGCCUCUGCCCACGGUGAGACAGUUGGCCACAUGGCUAGCCAUCGUGGUGGCUACCAGGGUCAGGGUCGUGGUCGCGGCGGAUACAACAACUCGUACAACAACCCCAACAUGGGAUUCCCUCCAACCAGGUCCUACAACGGUCCCCAGCACAACGCUGGUCGCGGUGGCAUGAACAACUUUCAAGGCCGCGGAGGCAUGCAGCAGUAUCCCAACUCUCCUCAGCCCCACCGUUCGAGCCCUGCUCCGGCUCACGCUGUGCCUACUCACGGCACCCCUACCAUGGCCUCUGCCAGCCUGGCACCUACUCAGCCGCCCUUUUACCCCGGCAUGAACAUGUACCAGCAACAAGUGCCCGGAUAUCCUGCCCCCAUGGACUAUCGUGGUCCCGUAUUUAACCCCUACAGCCAGCCCAUGCCCUAUAUGGGCCAGCCGGUGCCCCAUUUCCAGCCCGCAUACGUCCCUCCUACCUUUGUACCUCAAGGACAGCCUGUUGCCCAACCGAUGUCCCGUAACGCUUCACAGGUUUCUGAUCGCCCGGCGUCGAGCACUGGCCAAGUCCAAGCGCCCGUCGUUGCGCAGAGCACCCCGACGCAGCGUCCUGCCCAAGCUGCCCCUGCCAUUGUUUCCUCUAACUUUGCUAGACCCAAGAAGUCCGCAGGCAUCACUAUUAAGGAUCCCAACGGCAACCCUCUCGACCUUUCGGCGAUAAAGGGCCCUGUCUCCCCGGCACCCAGCAUUCAGCAACAGUCCAAGACACCGCCUGUUGUUGCCUCGACACCCACACCCCCUCCCGCUAAGCCCACUGCCCCCUCCCACGGUCGUACCGAGAGCACAACUGGCAAGACUGCCGAGCAACUUCGCGACGAGUUUAAGAAUGCGGUUCAGAAGGCCAAGACCGAAGCUCCUGCUGACAACAAGACCAACGAGGAAGAGGCCGCGAAGGCCGCUGCCGAGAAGGCUGCUGCUGAAAAGGAGGCUGCUGACAAGGCCGCGGCUGAAAAGGAAGCUGCCGAGAAGAAGGCAGUUGAAGAAGCUAAGGCCAAGGAGGAAGCUGAGGCUAAGGCUAAGGCUGAUGCCGAUGCCUCGGCCGCUGCUGCUGCCGCCAAGAAGCCUGAGGCCAAGGAGGAGUCUGAAAUUGACUACAACAACCUCGACUUCGCCAAGCUGACUGACAAGGAGCUCAACAACAUUGAUCACAGCAAGCUUAGCGAUGAGCAAAUGGACGCUUACUUCAACGAGCUCGAGGAGAGAGAUGCUCGCCGCGAGAAGGAGCAGGCCGAGAUCUCCAAGAAGAAGGCUGCUGAGGCCGAAGAGGCCAAGAAGAAGGCUGAGGCUGAGCGCUUGGCCAACGCUGCCGAGAACGACCGCAAGCUCCGCGAGCAGGAACGUGAGAUGGAGAGACUCGAGGAAGAGCGCGAGCGUAAGCGCAAAGAGAGAGAGUCUGGCCAGGGCGAGUCUGUCGCCGACCUUCUCACCAAGGAGGCUGAUGACAAGAAGGAGACCGAUGCUGCCUCCAAGACCCUUGGCAAGAACAAGCCUGCUGCUCUCAAUCUUGCUCCCCUCAACACUAAGUCCGUUGAGGCGCCCCAGCCCAGCGCUGCUCUCCAGUCUCUGCGCUCCGCUCGCCUUCUCCCUGGCGUGCAGUAUGAUAUCUACCCUGCCGGCAUCGCUUCCCCCAAUCCAGCCCUCAACCAGGCUGUUUCCAAGAAGGGCAAGAUGUUCAAGUAUGACGCCAACUUCCUUCUCCAGUUCCAGACUGUCUUCACGGAGCAGCCGUCUCCCGAGUUCCAUCAGCAGGUUAAGUCUCUCAUCGGAGAUUCGGACGGUGGUCGCUCGGCCUCCGCUCGUACCCCUGGCGCUGGAUCCCAGAGAGGCCGCGGCGGUGCUUCCGGCGGCGGCUUCCCUGCCAUGGGCCAGUUCUCUGGCAAGCCUGCGCUGCCCCCUGGAACCACUUCGGCGGAGCGCUUCGCUAUGUCGCAACAGGCUGGUGGUAUGGGCUCUCUUGGCAGACCUGGCGCUAUGGGCACUAUGGCUUUUGGCCGCCAGGGCACAUUCCCUGGCAAUCUCAGCCGCACUCCUUCGUCUACUGCUACUCCUGACUCUCCUCGUCAGGGCAGCCGUCGCAAGCCGCGUGAAGGUUACUCCAAGAACGAGGCUCAGGCUGCCAAGAACAUGCCGCUCACUGCCGGCAUGGAGGUCAAGCCUAUCACUGUGUCUGCAACAGGCUGGAAGCCCAUGAGCAUAGGAGCUAAGAAGGCGGAGGCGCCUGCCCCCGGUCACUUGGAUCCUGAGACCGUUCAGCGCAAGGUCAAGGCCGCCCUCAACAAAAUGACCCCUGAGAAGUUCGACAAGAUUUCCGACCAGAUCCUUGAGAUCGCUCACCAGUCGAAGAACGAGCAGGAUGGUCGCACUCUGCGCCAGGUCAUUCAGCUCACGUUUGAGAAGGCUACGGACGAAGCCCACUGGGCUUCCAUGUAUGCCAAGUUUUGCAAGCGCAUGCUCGAGACCAUGAGCCCCGAGAUCCGCGACGAGAACAUCAUGGACAAGCAGGGUAACGUCGUCAGUGGCGGCGCCCUCUUCCGUAAGUACCUCCUUAACAGGUGUCAGGAGGAGUUCGAGCGUGGUUGGAAGGUGGAUCUUCCGAAGCCCAAGGAGGGUGAGGAGGGCGACAAGAAGGCCUCCGAGGCUGUUCUCAUGUCCGAUGAGUACUAUAUCGCCGCCGCCGCCAAGCGUCGUGGUCUUGGUCUUGUCCAGUUCAUUGGUGAACUCUUCAAGCUUGGCAUGCUUACGGAACGUAUCAUGCACGAGUGUGUCCGCAAGUUGCUCGAGUUUACGGGUGUUCCCGAUGAGGCCGAGAUUGAGUCUCUCACCAAGCUCUUGAGGACGGUCGGUGGCAACCUCGACAGCACCGAAAAGGGCAGGCCUUUGAUGGAAGUCUACUUCGGUCGCAUCCAGCAGAUUAUGGAUCUUCCCGACCUCCCAAGCCGUCUGAAGUUCAUGCUUAUGGACGUUGUCGACCUUCGCAAGGCCCGCUGGCAUUCCAAGGAGGCCAACAAGGGUCCUAAGACGUUGGAGGAGAUCCGCGCUGAGGCUGAGGCUGCUGCCGCCGCAAAGGCGGUUGAGAAUGCUCGCACCGGCCAGCGUGGCCUUGGAGGCCGUGCUGCUUCCGGUCGCGGAGAUGCCAGGGGCUUCCCUUACAACCAGAGCAUGACCAACAACCAGGUCGAGCUUGGUGAUCUCAAGCGCUUGAAGGGCAACACUAGCCGCUCCGGUAGCCAGGGCAUGUCUUUCGGCCCGCCUACGUCCAUGUUCAAUUCUAGGAGCAACAGUGGUCGUCGUCAGGUCGGUGGUCCUGGCGGUGCUUUUGGCCGCGGCGGUGAUGACUCUGGCGGGUCAUCCCGUACUGCUUCCAUGCGCGGUAACGAUUCGGUUUCCCACGCAAAUGCUUUCAGCCUUCUUGCUGAUGCUGGAGACCACCCCGGCUCCCCCCCUUCGGCCUCUGCCUCUCCGGCAUUGUCCAAGGUGACACCCGAUACUACGAAUAAUGACGAGAAGAAGGACGAAUAAGGCAGAUGGUUUUCUUUUUCUCUCUUACCCAAAACAAGUUCAACGGUGUGCCGCAUCAUGAGCACCCGGAACUGUCUCUGUGAGCAUAGACCGGGCGGGUUUCUCCAAAUUAUGCAUUUGCGCGGGUCGGGGAUCAUUCCAAAAGUUCUGCUUUAUUACUUUAACUUUUUUUCCUCCAUAUCUCAGUGAUACCUCUUCUUUUUCUCCCACAUACAUCAGAGAACAAGAUAUUACCAUUACCUUCCCCAUACCAUAGACUCAGUUUCUCCUAAAAUGGCGGACACAAAGCACCAGCAACAUGGAAGAUGAGAUCACGUUUCGAAGUUCGGAUUAUGAAUGAGGAUUUUAUGAUGAGAAAGUUUCGGACUGUGGGAAAAUGACAAAGGAUGUGAAUGAAGGUAUGACGGAAAAAGAUGUCUGAAACUUGCCUUGCCCACCGGCUUUCCUCCGCUUUUCUUUACCCACGGAAUACACACACGCGCGCGCAUGGCUACACAGCUGGCGACAAAGGGUUGAUCUGUUUUUCUUCUUUUCGGGGGCGUUUCACGGAAAUCAGGUUGGGCAAUGACUCUGGUUCUCCGAUGAUCAAUUUCUCUGCGAUUUUCUUUUUUUUUCUUUUUCUUAUUCCCGAACAAUAACUUACUACUACUGCGGCUUUUAAUUAUUUUUUUCCCCCCCUGUCGGUGUUAUCAAAUUUGUGGUUGACGGAUAAAAAUUGACAUUUUCUCAUUCCAAAGGCUUUGUCUGUCUGUGAGUCUU